CCCCCCCCCCCCCCACAUCACCUUGGGAUCAUGUGUUCAUCAUGAUGUGAUUGUUAAAGGGGAAGUUCGUAGUUUCCCAUAGACGGUGCCAAAUUGCACGGAUGAAUACCCGCAAUAGUUGAGGAUAACAAUCAUCUGGAUGGUGAACCUGAAAUAAUCAAAAGAUUAGGACAAGGGCAAAGUGAACACCCGGCUAAUCCCAUCGAAUCUCAAGUCAGUCGGCAUUGGAGACAUUGACAUAGUGUAUUUUUUGAGUUUGGUUUGCGUACCUUUGUUCAUUUUUCUGUAAGGUAUUUAUACUUGAAUAAGUAAUGAUUAGGGGGUCUGAGAGUCUCAUCUCAGCAUUUAAUAGCUAACACUCAUAUCCAAGAGUAAUGAGUGCACUUCAGUCAAAUCCCUUCACAUUUAGCCCCCUCGGGGUAUGGAAAGAGUGCUCGGGGGACCCCGAGUAUUAACUCCGUAUCGUCAAUCAUUUAAUAGCCUUGGCUCGGUGCUUGACAACUACGCCCGAGCACUUAAUGCUCGGGGAAUAGUCACCUCGGGCGCGCCAAAGAUAACAAGUCGAUCGUCACUACAAUUAAUAUUUUGCAAUGAUGACUAUUCCUACAGGUCUCGAGGUCACAGAGGCUCAUUAAUGGCCCUGUCAUUAAUGAACUGUCUUAUCCUCAUCAAUACUGGGCUCAAUCAAUGUGCUCGACUUGGCCUUACCAUAGCUGUCGGCUCUUUCUUCUGGCGCCCUUUAGGUUCAUAACGGCUAUAAGUAUACACAUGUCAGCUUAAGGAUGCUGAGCCACCUAGGUCCCGUCCCUUUAAAUAUUACUUUCUCGGCCCUUGAAACUUCCAGGAGAACACAUCCCACCAAAAAAAAAAAACUAAAAUUCAAAUCUGUGGUUUAUAUGUUACUUUAAUUCAACGGACAUCUCUUUACUUUACCUGUAGACAUUGUUUUGUAUUCUACAUUAUUGCUGAUAAAUUUCGCAAGAACCAGUUAUUUUCUGAUCAGUAGCUUCUGCAAGCAGGGAUCUUUCAAAUAACAGAGGUCUGACAGGAACACUUCCACCAUCAAUUGGGAAUUUAAAGAAUCUGACGAUCCUAGAUCUGAAUUCUAACAGCUUCAGUGGACCAAUUCCAGCUUCUAUUGGUUCUCUAUUGAAUCUUAUAGUGCUGGAUGUAAGUGAGAAUCAGCUUAAUGGAACCAUUCCAGUGUCCAAGGGAACUACACCUGGUUUGGAUAUGCUAGUUAAAGCAAAACACUUCCUUUUUAACAACAAUCAACUGAGGGGGAACAUCCCUCCUACUCUAGGACUUGUACAAACAUUGGUGACGGUCCGCCUAGAUUGGAAUUCAUUAAGUGGGCCCGUCCCUCCGAACCUCAACAACCUUACAAGUGUCAAGGAGCUGUACUUGUCCAACAAUGAACUCACAGGACCUCUUCCAGACUUUACCGGCAUGAACUCCCUUACCUACAUGGUACUAAGCAACAACAAGCUUAAUGGGACACUGGAUAUUGGCAACAGUUAUAGCAACAAUUUGACCGUUGAUUUGCAGAACAACUCCAUUAGCGACUUUACACAGAAAGCAAGUUACAAUAUGGUCUUGAAGCUUGUGGGUAACCCAAUUUGUCAGGGAAAUGGAGCAACCGAACGAUACUGCACAAUUCAGAAAUCCAACCCUUCAUACAUCACACCAACAAAUAGCUGCACUGCCGUGGUCUGCCGUUCAGACAGAAUAUUAAGUCCAAAUUGCAAAUGUGCAUAUCCGUACACAGGAACCCUACACUUCUUUUCUUUUUCCUUUUCAAAUUUAGAAAACUCAAGUUACUUCAGAACACUUGCGGAGUCUCUGAUGUCAGCUUUUCAGUCCAAUCAACUUCUUGUGGAUUCAGUUUCUCUUAGUGAUCCAACCGUUGAUGUAUACUCUUACCUUCAGUUCAGACUGCAAAUCUUUCCUUCUGCUCUGGAUCAUUUCAAUAGAACAGGAAUUUCUACAGUUGGUUUUCUGCUCACCAACUCUUUCCCGAUUCCAAAUUAUGGGAGUUACUCCUUUAAAGAAGAGAGCUAUUGUUGCUUUGCAGGAGCAAAAAAACCAUCUAAUACAGGAAUUAACGUUGGAGCAGUAGUUGGUAGUUUUGUGCUUGUGCUUUUCAUACUCGGUGCAGGAUUUUAUGCUUUCCAUCAAAAGAGAGAAGCAAAACGAGCAGUUCAACAGAGCAACCCUUUUGCAAAUUGGGACCGUGAUGAAAGCAGUGGUGGUGUUCCACAACUUAAAGGAGCUAGAUGGUUUUCAUUUGAAGAGCUUCGGAAAUGUACUAACAAUUUUGCAGAAGUGAACGUUGUUGGAUCUGGGGGCUAUGGGAAGGUUUAUAGAGGAACUAUUGCCUCUGACCAAUUAGUUGCCAUCAAAAGAGCUCGACAGGGAUCAUUGCCGGAUGCUCUUCAGUUUAAGACUGAGAUUGAGCUUCUAUCAAGGAUCCAUCAUAAGAAUGUUGUCAGCCUGGUGGGUUUCUGUUAUGAGCAAGGGGAACAAAUGCUGGUCUAUGAGUAUAUUCCAAAUGGUACCCUGAAAGAUGCUCUUUCAGGGAAGUCAGGAUUCCAAUUGAACUGGAUGAGGAGACUUAGAAUAGCCCUUGAUUCAGCCAAAGGUCUGGCCUAUAUGCAUGAGCUUGCCAACCCUCCCAUCAUACACAGGGACAUUAAGUCAACCAACAUCCUACUAGAUGAUUGUCUAAAUGCAAAAGUUGCCGAUUUUGGCUUAUCCAAACUUAUGGAAGAUACCAGUAAGAAUUAUGUCAGCACUCAAGUCAAAGGGACAAUGGGAUACAUGGAUCCUGAAUAUUACACUACCCAACAACUGUCUGAAAAGAGUGAUGUUUAUAGCUUUGGAAUUGUAUUGCUGGAGCUGGUAACUGCAAGGGCACCAAUAGAGCGAGGGAAGUACAUUGUGGUAGUGGUUAAGAAUGCAAUUGCUAAUUUAACGGAUCAAUAUUACAUUCAUGACAUUCUUGAUCCAACCCUCGGUCCAAGUGCAAAACUUGGAGGCUUGAAAAAGUUUGUGGAGUUGGCAAUGAGAUGUGUCAAAGACUCUUCAUCUGAGAGGCCUACAAUGGGUGAGGUGGUGAGAGAAAUUGAGAACAUCAUGCAGUUAGCUAGUUCGAACAAGAAUUUUGAAACAGAGUUCACUUCAUCGAGUUAUGAGGGGAGUUCAGACGGGAGUAAGGCCUUUGAUUACAGUGGAGGAUUAUAA